CAUAUGAUCGUCCCGGAAGAAGAUAUUACACUCACCCUCACCCCGGACAAUGUGUCGAAUACGGCGCUGGUAUCGGAAACAGGGAGACGCCUCUACACUGUUAGCACCGAGCAUGGCAAGGCAACGACGACUAGCGUCAGGAAUACCAGAGACGAGGUUAUAGCAUCCUUGGAAUGGCGCAAUGUGUUCCCUGAUAAGGUGACUAUUGGGAGCAAGGAGCCUAUUUUGAUGACGGAGUGGAUGAAGAGGAGUAUCAUACCGUUUAAAGACGACCUCACUUUUACCGAUGGUGAAGGAAGAAAGUACAAGUGGAAAGGAAACUCGGCAGGUCGGUCCUUCGAGUUGUGCUGCGCGGACGACAACUAUUUGUCCAUCAUCGCACGCUUUCAGCGUAGUAGACGCGUAACUUCUCCUUCAUCGUUAACGGCAGAGCCAAAUGCUUCUACACCGUCCCUCGCACCGACCCCCGUCAAUCCGACGUGGACGCCGGCGGUGCUGGUGCUCACACCUCGGGCGCAGCAGAUUCAGGAUACAGUUGUUGUAUCGUUUCUAUUCCUGGAGAAGACUCGCAGGAUCAACGAAACUGAACAUCAGACUCGCGCUGACGUCCUAGGGACUGCUGUAUUGAAGCCCGUGGGAAAGAGUGCCAUGGUGGUGGUGAAUGGUGGAGUCUGAAGGAUCGUGGGCGUACCUAGGGAAUAUGUCAUCAAAUAAUAAAACACAGCUAACUUCUUG